AUGGAUAGGAUGAAAGGUGGGAUCGAAAACAGGGACAAGCAUGAUAGAUCAAUAUCUUCACAAUCUUUGAAAGCAGAUGUAGGACCUGGAUUAAGCACUAGUAUUCCUAAGAGAAUAAAGUCAAUGAACAAACUCCAGAAGAAAUUCUUAAAACAAAUGGUAUGUCAUCUGUUACAGAGUGGAGGCGUCAUGUUCUCCCCCUUGGGACGUCUCCGCGUCGCUCAGGCCGUCAGAAAACAGAUGAGUCAGCUUCCAGUGUUGGGCACAGAAGCAGCUCCUCUUCAAGCCCCGUUGUGUUACCAGCUGCUCUGUGCCCCCCCACUAGCUCCCUUACCCGCGUGUGCACCGUGUGAGAUGCCACCACCACCUUACGCUGUUUAUCAACUGCCAUUUGAUACCACUCCAGCAAUAUACGGACCUCCAGCUCAGUAUGCGUUGGUACCAGCUCCUUACACCACUCCGUGCUGUGAGCCUUCAUGUUGCGCACCCAUGGACAAGCAGCCGCGAGUACCACCCCCACCGUUACACCCCGCAUUUAUUUACUAA